GCGCCACCCCAGCUCCCCACGUCCUAACCUCUACCACUUAACUUAGCACCACCAAGCUUCAAGUCAAGCCAACCCAAUCCAACUCCCGCCAACUCCGCCCACUUUCAAUCAACGUCACCUCACUAUUUUCCCCUUCCGCUCCAACCGCUUCCCAUCGCUACAACAUUUCAGUCCUCUACCCCGUCUCGAUCUCAGCCCGCACCGCCAUCUUACACAUUGGCCCCGCAAUGACGGCCACGGAACAGCAACAAGACGACUUCUCCAACGUCUCGUGGAGCGAACACGUCCACGACCAGACAUCUCGCUCUGUUCCUCCCGCCGAAGAGCCAGGCCAUGAUAUGAAUGCGCCCGGUACGGGGCUGGAGAUAGAUGCCCCCUCGCUGGGGAAUGAGGUCCUCGAGUGCACUGUUGGAACGCCCAUCAAGGAAAAUGACGGGACCAAGGAUGCUUUUGUCUCGUAUCUCAUCACCACAAACUCGACAUUCUCUGCCUUCCAGCGCUCAACUACAACCGUCCGCCGCCGCUUCACAGACUUCGUUUUCCUCUACAAACAACUCACCCGCGACUAUCCCGCCGCUGCCGUGCCCCCUCUGCCCGACAAGCAACGCAUGGAGUAUGUCCGCGGCGACCGCUUCGGCUCUGACUUUACCGCCCGCCGCGCCCACUCCCUCCAGCGCUUCUUGAACAGACUGUCUCUCCAUCCUACACUGCGCCGCGCUCCGAUCCUGCAUACGUUCCUCGAGAGCCCUGACUGGAAUGCUACCAUGCGCAGUCGUGGUGCGCGAGCGAGCUCUGCGAGUGAUCCUGGAUCUGCGGGGGUGUUUGAUAACUUUGCUGACACCUUCAUCAAUGCUUUUACGAAGCUGCAUCGUCCGGAUCGCCGGUUCCUUGAGGUCAAGGAGAAGAGCGAUAAGCUGGAUGAUGACCUUGGACAUAUUGAGAAGGUUAUUGCUAGGGUUGCUAGGCGGGAGACGGAUUUGGAGGUGGACUUGCGAGAUCUUGCAGAGCAGUUUCAGAAGCUCAUCCCACUUGAACCUCAUGUCGAACCUGCAGUUCACGGCUUCUCUGCUUCUAUCGAAGACACAGCGACUCAUCUACGGAAACUCAAGGACGUCACCGAUCAAGACUACCUCGGCUCCCUGCGCGACAUGCAAGCUUAUUCCAUCGCCCUUAAGAACCUCCUCAAAGCCCGCGAGCAGAAACAGCUCGACUACGAACAACUCACCGAAUAUCUCAACAAAUCCACCACCGAGCGCGAUACCCUCCAGUCCGGCCAUCACGGCGGUUCCGGCGCCGGAAGCUUCCUGCGCGCCAAGAUCGAAGACGUGCGGGGCGUAGACCACGAGCAAGCACGCCGUGAGCGCACGCGCAAGUUGGAGCUCCGUGUUGAAGAGCUAACCCACGAGGUUGAGAGCGCACGCAAGACGAGCGACAUGUUUGACGAUGAGGUUGUCAAGGAGGUCGCUGAUUUCGAGCGCAUCAAGAGGAUUGAGAUGAAGAGUCAGCUGGGAGGUCUCGCAGAUGCGCACAUCGAGUUCUAUGGCGAGGUUGCUAGUAUUUGGGAAAAGUACGUCCAGGAGAUGGAGAAGGAGGGUAUCACGAGUGCGUAGGAGUCAGCAGAGAUUAGAGUUCCAUUCGGCGUUUAUUAGGAUAUGGCGUUAGGGUUGUUUAGACGAUGAUGAGGACCUGACUAAAGUAGCUCGUCUAGAAGAAAGACAUUCAUGGCAUUAGCACAGUCGGUACUCGUGAACAAAGGACAAGAGUGAGCAUGACUUUGAAGAAUUGGUGUUUGAUUCAAGAAUCACCUCAUGUUUUCAGUCUUGACAUUUUGUACCAAACGCCAUCCAAGGUCUAUUGACAAAGGCACAAUAUAACCAACAUAGACAUGACAAAACACGCAAACUCCGCUAAUCCAUGCAAAAAAGCACCCAAAUAGCUUGCUACGAUGCCCAAGUCACGCAUCAACGCCCGCCCAAAGGUCUUGUCUCACCUUUCUCAUCAUCACUGCUCUCCUCCUCACUCUCCUCCUCGCUGUCACUGUCUUCUCCCACAGCAUAAUGCUGCGUAUCAUCGCCAGCCAAUCUAUCACGAGACUGCUCGCGGUCAUCUCUGUAGUCUUCGAACUGCUCAUCAUCGCUGCCCUCAGCAAAAGCAUCGUACAGUUCUCCACCACGAGUCCUGCGGGCCUUGCCUCCAGCGGCCUUUUCGCCGGCUCGAAGACCCUCAGCCUCUUCUUCGUCGAUGAGUUCGAAUUCGUAGUUGUUGUGGGAGGUGUUGCGGAGACGGCGGCGGCGGGCGAUCCAGAAGUAGAUUCCUAGACCGAUGCAGAAGGCUGCGAUGAGACCGACUGCGCCGUAGAUCCAGAUCUGUGCUUUCUUGGAGGCGCCGAAGGUGGGGAGCCAGGAAACCCAGGAUGAUGAAGCUGUAGUCGUUUCCUCGGCAGACUCUUGGGUGCUUGAGGGCUCUUCCUCGUCGGUGCUGGUAGGUCGAGCGGGCUUGUUGGGUCGUUCAGGGUGGUCGGUAGGAUGUUCGAUGAGAGUAGGCUUGGUAGCAGGAGGAGCUGAGGUUGUAGAAGCAGCAAUUGUCGUGGUAGACACAAUCUUAUCGUGGUCCUUGUCAUCAUCUGCGUUAGGCAUGGGCAGCAGAGUUGCCUUGUCGGCCUCAAUAGCUUCACCCCAUAGCUUUAGGCGCCAGUCGGUGAAGCUGCCCUUGAAUGAGUUCUUC